AGGAGAGAGGACGUGCUCAGAAGAGUGUCCGCUUUCUAACCACGGACACUGAGCGGCAGAGCAUCCUGCGCACAUUUGGAAUUAUCACUUUCAUUAGAACCUCUCUUUCUCUUUCUACUUUUUUAUUCAAGAAAAGACUUUCAGGAUGGUGGGAAAGAUGAGUGAGUGGAAAGAGAAGAAAAAGACAUGAUGGAUGUAUUUUUUUACUAUCAAGUCCUAAUGUGACAUUGCUUCACAAUUUUAACAGAGCUCAACCAUAUAUUCCAGCAUGGAUUUCUUGAAUUUCUCCUCUUUGGAGGAUGGGAUGGAGGCAGACAACAGCUCCAGUAACAACACCUCUCAGAGCAAGUACACCCCUCUCGCCAUCUGGGGUCUAGCUGGACUUGUCAGUUUUCUAAUCCUGUUCACUAUAGUGGGCAAUGUCUUGGUUGUAAUUGCCGUUUUAACAAGCAGAGCUCUGAAACCACCCCAAAAUCUUUUUCUGGUGUCUCUGGCGAGUGCAGACAUUCUGGUGGCCACGCUGGUCAUGCCAUUUUCUCUGGCUAAUGAACUUAUGGGCUACUGGCUUUUUGGUAAGAUUUGGUGUGACAUCUACUUGGCUCUGGAUGUUUUAUUCUGCACCUCCUCUAUUGUGCACCUGUGUGCCAUUAGUUUAGACCGCUACUGGUCAGUGACACAGGCGGUAGAGUACAACUUGAAGAGAACGCCUAAAAGAGUCAAGGGAAUGAUCGUGGUAGUGUGGUUGAUCUCAGCUGUCAUCUCCUUCCCACCACUGAUAUCAAUGGACAGAAGCAACAAUGAGACCACCCCCCAGUGUAUUUUAAAUGAUGAGACCUGGUACAUUCUGUACUCCAGCAUUGGGUCCUUCUUUGCCCCUUGUGUCAUUAUGAUUCUGGUCUAUAUUCGGAUUUACCAAGUGGCAAAGACCAGGACCAGAACCCUGUCUGAGAAGAAAAAGGAUGUGGAUUCGCCACAGGAGAACGGUCAAGCCGACACGAGCAAGGCCGGUUCAUUUAAGUCUGAAAGAGGGGGGAGUGUUAAAGAGCAAGAAUGUGAAAACGGCCAUUGUAAGGAACCUACAGCUAGCACUUCCUUGACAAAUGCCUCUAAAAAUCCACACGUCAACCACCACGACGAUUUUGAUGACAGCAGUUCAGAUGAGAAGCCCAAGAAAAGCUCCACAUCGUCUAAAAAUCAAGAUGACCGAAAAGACAGGAAGUCGAGCAGGAAAAGCAGCUCGGCCUCGAAAUUCUCCAGCAGGAAGUCGUGCGCCAGUGCCAAGUCAAUGGACCUGUUCUCGUCUCGGCGCAAACGUAGAAGCACAGUCAACAGGAAGAAAGUGUCUGCAGCACGAGAAAAACGCUUUACCUUCGUUCUGGCUGUUGUAAUGGGGGUGUUUGUUUUGUGCUGGUUCCCCUUUUUCUUUUCGUACAGCCUGUACGGAAUCUGCAGGGAGAUGUGCAAGAUUCCCGAGACUCUAUUCACAUUCUUCUUUUGGAUCGGCUACUGUAACAGCUCAUUAAACCCAGUCAUCUACACCAUCUUCAACCAAGACUUUCGCAGAGCUUUCCAGAAAAUUCUCUGUAAGUCAUGGAAACGCUCUUUCUGAUGGGCUUUAACAGACUAUUCCUCUGCCAGAUUACCAUUUAAGCACUUCUGAAUCGUAAGAAAAAGUGUUAGCCUGGGGAGUCUUCCCACGUUUUUACUAUCAGGGAUAGUGUUCAAAUGAAGGGAUGCGAAUGGAUCAAGAGCUUGAACUAAGGGUGCAGGAAAAUGUUCCGCUUUUAUUUGCAGUUGGAGCUUUCACUAAAUGCCUGGCAGCUUUUUACACUCAAAAAUUUGAUCCAACUAAACCACUCACAUUGAUUUACUCCCACUUCAACGAAAUACAAUAAACAGCCUCAUAACAGCCACUGUGAUGCACACGCACGGCAUUUGCACCUGGAUGAACUGCUCAGGAGACGAAGGGUUUAUUGAGACACUAUAUCCAUGUGAUAAUUCAGCAUAAUGCCAAGACCUUGACAAUCUCCAACUGUUAUACAUAGGACAAUAGGGCAUAUAUCUUAUACGGCUCUUAAGCUGUUUUUUUCUGGACCUUUUGAUUAUGUUUCACUAAAUAUGAAGACCAAUGGGACAAAGGGGCUCCUUGCUUACUGUUAGAGUGGCAAAAAAAUAAAUAAAAAAAUAAAAAGAUUUACAAAAAAAAAAAAAGAAUGACAUACAAAAAUCUAAUGAUUUCAUUUUUCAUACCUAAGUAAUGUCUCUGCCUCAUUGAGAGGUCACAGCCUGUUCAAACACUUUCGCCAGAAUGCGUGGCAUUUUUUGAGUCAAAUCCGUGAUUUCGGUAGAAUGUAAUGCUCUGAGGCAAAAAGUCAUCUUAUAUUCUAGAACUCUCUCUUGAGCUUGAAACAAUAGAUUGAUCACCGCCUCCCUGCUGCGGCAGAUGGACAACCACUGAGGCUCCUACCACCAUGUGUGUGAAAAAACUGUCGCGUGAAGGAGAAUGGGGUCACUGAAAGUGUAUAUUGUGGAACUGCUGUUGAAUGGUGUUAAUUCCUACUGCCACUCAAUGUAUGUGUGUGUGUUUGUGUGUGUGUGCGCGCACGUGCGUGAGUGUGGGGUUAGACUGAAUUUGGCAACAGAACUGAUCCUCUCAGCUCAAGUGUCGUUCUUUAUUCUGUCCUUCAUUUGCUAUCAAGCGGAUUUUAUGUUUUCCGCAACCCCACCAAAGUCAGACACAUUAAAAACCUCUUACAUAACAUCGUUCACUUUUAUCGUCUGCUGCUGGCACACAGAAGAAUGCACAUUAGAUCUUCAUUUACAAUAUUUUCAUCUUGAUAUUUCUGGAGAUUGUCUAGUUUCCCUUGUAAAUAUGUUGAAAAGGUACAGUACUAUUGUGUGGUGUCUCUUGAUCACACACAUAUUGUUAUGAUCAACUACAUGUCCUUUUUGCAUUACGAACAAUGCUCUCAUGGAUUUUCAUGGCACACCAAAUGGUCCUUUUCUAAUGUUCCGGAAGAAAAAUGAACAAGUGUUUACUUCUAUGCUUUGAGCACAUUCUAACAGAUCAAAUAAAUAUA